GAUUUUAUUCAUUUUUACAACGUCAGUACAUUACAGUGCUAGUCAUUGCCCACGCUGAAUGUUAACGUGGUACAGUGACCUAUCUUUCAAUUUCGAGUUUUAGGAUUUUUUUCAGGCAGACAUUCUCAACUUGCUCGAAAGGAUUGAAAUGUUACAGUUGAGGUUUUCGGCAGUGCUGAAGGAGUUGUUUCAAUCCAACCUAAAGCGCCCUUUGACAUGUAUUACAAGAAAUAAAACGUCGUUACCAAUCCACUACUGCUCCAGCAACGCCUCUCUUGAUGUCCAAGUCAGCUUCAAAUUGAAGCUUCUCCAUGCCGGUGUCCACCGCCCUUUGCUUUGCGCCACACCUGGGACCCGGACCUACUGCACGAAGACCGAAGGUGCUGCUAUACCUGUGACUGAAAGUGCUAUACCGGUGACCGACCAGGAGAAGAAAGAUGAGACUGCCAAAGAAGCAGCGGCGGAGAAGAGAAGGAAGGCAGGCAUCCUGCCCAGUCUGGAGGACCUGCUCUUCUACACCAUCGCAGAGGGCCAGGAGAAGAUCCCCGUCCACAAAUUUCUCACAGCACUAAAGGCCACGGGACUACGCACAGGAGAUCCCCGGCUGAAGGAAUGCAUGGACACCCUUAAAGUCACCCUGAAGAACACCUCGGACGGAGUCAUGCUGGACAGAGACCUCUUCAAGAAAUGUGUCCAGAGCAACAUCGUCUUGCUCACCCAGGCCUUCCGCAAGAAGUUUGUCAUCCCCGACUUCCAGUCCUUCUCUUCUCACAUCGACGAGCUCUACGAGAGUGCCAAAAAUCUGACCGAAGGCCAGGUUGGUAAUCAGCCCAUCCCGGGGGAGGUUGCAGACUACAUCCCCCAGCUUGCCAAAUUUAGCCCAGACCUGUGGGCCGUGUCUCUGUGUACUGUGGAUGGACAAAGACACACGGUAGGCGACACCAAGGUCCCCUUCUGCUUGCAGUCGUGUGUGAAGCCUCUGAAAUACGCCAUCGCGGUGCACGACCACGGCACCGAGUACGUGCACCGCUUCAUCGGGAAGGAGCCUAGCGGCCUGCGCUUCAACAAGCUCUUCCUGGACGAGGACGAUAAGCCCCACAACCCCAUGGUGAACGCCGGCGCUAUUGUUUGCACCUCAUUGAUAAAGCAGGGAGCGAGCAAUGCUGAGAAGUUUGACUAUGUCAUGAACUUCCUGAAUAAGAUGGCAGGAAAUGAGUAUGUAGGCUUCAGCAAUGCCACAUUCCAGUCGGAGCGCGAGUCAGGAGACCGGAAUUUCGCUAUCGGCUACUACCUGAAAGAAAAGAAGUGUUUUCCUGAGGGGACAGACAUGACGUCCAUUCUGGAUUUCUACUUCCAGCUAUGCUCCAUCGAGGUGACCUGCGAGAGCGCCAGCGUCAUGGCGGCCACCCUGGCCAAUGGCGGCUUCUGUCCAAUCACGGGCGAGCGCGUGCUGAGCCCGGAGGCAGUGCGUGACACGCUGAGCCUCAUGCACUCCUGCGGCAUGUACGACUUUUCUGGCCAGUUCGCCUUCCACGUGGGCUUGCCAGCCAAGUCGGGCGUGGCAGGGGGCAUCCUUCUGGUGGUGCCCAACGUUAUGGGCAUCAUGUGCUGGUCUCCUCCACUGGACAAGCUGGGCAACAGUGUCAGAGGCAUUCAGUUCUGCACGGACCUGGUGUCUCUCUUUAACUUCCACAACUACGACAACCUGAGGCACUUUGCCAAGAAGCACGAUCCUCGCAGGGAGGGAGGCGACCAGAGGCAGUUUACCUUCGGACCAAUGGAUUACGAGAGCCUUCAGCAAGAGCUAGCUCUCAAAGACUCUCUGUGGAAAAAGGUGGUGCCCACUGAUUGCCACGAGGACAGCUCCACCACUGUAGUCUAUAGGAUGGAGAGUGUCGGGGAGCGCAACUAGGACCCCCUCUCUGCUCCCUACCUCCCACCUUCUCCUGUCCCCUUUCUACACCCAUAUAUGACUUCAUAUAUUUAUAUAAAUUAUCAAGAGGAUUAUUUAUUUCUAUAAGUUUUUAUUUUUUUACAUAAUGUAAUGUUACAUUAUGUACUGGUGAUGAAUGAUAAUUGAUUCUACCUGGGUUACUGUACUUUUUUUCUCCCUCUUUUUUUUCUGUGUGUCCGUGGCUGCAAUCCAAACACUUAACAGACACACCCUCAGCCCUCAAAUGAAGUGGACACUUUUGAUGAUAUAUCAUGACAUCUGACGAGUUGACAUUUGCAGGGAGAGGGAGGAAGGAAUGAUUUUUAAAUGAGUCGCCCUUGCCCGGAAAUUCAUCACUUGUUCAUCUCGCAACGAUUGUCUUUUCAUUCACCAGUAGCGUGUGGGUGCUUUGUAUGCGCCACAGUCAAUUAUGAUUGCAUGUCUCCUUAUAUUAACUACAUAAUUAUUAAUAUAUGCCUACUGUAUCAUAGCUAGAAUAUGAAUCAGCUAACUAACGUUAGCCUGUCUAGCUGGAACUUCUGAAGACGGGGAAUGUUUUAUUUCUACAAUUUCCAAAAGCUAACCAAACAAACAUCAUUCCUUUUACGAGACGUGUUUGUGUAGCACAAUUUGUAACUUCUUUACAUUCGUUUUUACUUACACUUGUAUGUUGACUCCAUAUUGACGUAGAGGUUUUAAGUUUUGGUGGACUUUUCUUAGCGGAUGUACAAUCAUCGCGAAUUGAAUUAUGGGGUGUUUCAGGCCCCGACGCGAACAUAAUUGUACCCUCGCAAACUCUAUUAAAAACGAGGGCUGAGGGGCUUGCGUUGCACACUUCCCUUGCUUGGCUAAUCAUUUGGACCGACGACAAAUAUGGCUGUGGGGAUUCCCCCUAGGGAAUAAGGCGAGGGUAAGUGGACGAGGGUGUGUCUUUUAUGAGUUUGAAAUGCAUCUCUUGUGUUUUUGGGGUCCCUGCAGAGCUGAGGGAAGCCCUUCUGGCUGCCUGUCUAGAAUGUCAGACUUUAGGGGCCUGAAGGGAUUGCCUGGCUCAGAUUGAGGCUUUGCAAGUAGACUUGAUCCAUCAUUUCAUGUGUGCUUCAAUAUCUACUGACAGGUUUGAAGUCCUGUAUCUGUCGAACAUGCCAGUGUGGGUAUUAGGCCCAUUGUAAUGUGUUUGUUAACCAAAGCGAGGGAGUUUUUCUCAAACCAAAAGCCAAGGGAAGAUGUGGAGUGUUGUGCUUUGACACACAUAAAUACAAUGUAUCUCAUUAUAUUAUAUGCGUUGACAGACUCUUAAGGUUACUACAAGCUUAACUGUGUGUGUGUGUGUGUGUGUGUGUGUGUGUGUGUGUGUGUGUGUGUGUGUGUGUGUGUGUGUGUGUGUGUGUGUGUGUGUGUGUGUGUGUGUGUGUGUGUGUGUGUGUGUGUGUGUGUGUGUGUGUGUGUGUGUGUGUGUGUGUGUGUGUGUGUAGUGGGAUUUUUGAAGUAGAGGACACCUUUUGGUAACAGGAUAUCCUUGCCGGUCCCUCACGUUUUUGGGCGGGGUUUUUUGGUCUUCAUUUUUUGAAAACAAGGAACCGUAGCCUUCCUUUGCUUAUAGUAGUAGGCUGGCUUUAACCUGGCGAAAAACAUAGCAAGCUAGCUAGUCUUUUUUAGCUCCCCACAUCACCAUGUGAAAUAAUCAGAUUGAUUAUUUAGAAAUAUGCCCUGGCAAAUGUUCUUCUACUUGCUGGUGUAACCUAAAACAUUAUGCCAGUUUGAUAUACUGCUUGUGUAUUCAUUCCCAUAUCAGUUAAAGAUAGAACAGCAUUUAUUUUUUUGUUGUAAAACAAAAACACAUGGCUAGCAAGUUGGCUACAGCAGGUUAUACCAUUUCACAGUAGCCUGGAAUCACUAGUUACUAUUUCUAAAUAAAAUAAUGUUUCGGGUGGAUUCAGUUGCGGAGAUUAUAUUUGGUUAUCAAUGCAAAAUAGUCUACUUUGAUGAAUUGCCUAUAUAGAUAGAUAUCUAUCUCUAUAUAUCUAUCAAGGAACCAAGCAAUAAUACUGCCCCCAAGGCUGCAGAAAUAAUGAUACUGCAUGUCUCAAUUUUCAGGUAGAAAAACGGUACGCCGAACGCCAGAGCUUUUUUACAAGGAACCGGCCCUUUUGUGAUGAAAAACGACAUUGCAACACUCCGAUAUUUUGCGUCUGCAUAGAGCUUGUAGUAUGCUUUUAGAAGAGCAAACUGAGAUUAUAACGAUAAGGCACUUAUCAGGCGUGACACGGAGAUGAUAUCAGUCGGACCAUUCUAACUUGCAUACCAGUGCUUUACCUUUCACAUACCAACAACGGAUCUCACAUGAGCCGAUUUCUCAACUACUGUUGAGUGGACCGAAGCUUUUCAUCAAGGACGUAAAAGGUGAUUCAUUCCACCCCAUUUUUUGUGUGUGUGUGUGUGUGUGUGUGUGUGUGUGUGUGUGUGUGUGUGUGUGUGUGUGUGUGUGUGUGUGUGUGUGUGUGUGUGUGUGUGUGUGUGUGUGUGUGUGUGUGCCAUGUUCAUCUAAGCUGUGACCCAUGCUGAGGGGACCUUGACCCUUGCUCUGACAGACCGACAAGACACCGCACAACCCUUUAGUUUUCAUGACAUAGCCUAGUAGAAUCCUGCUGGAUCUAUUCCAUUGGCAGUUGCAGUAUGUAUGUCAGAUGGCAUAUCGUGGUUAUAUAGGUCAUGCGUAUAUGUAUUGUACAAGUCAGUAUACCAUUGAGAGAAAGUGUGAUCAUACAUUGUUACCAAUUUUAUAUUUAAUCCGUAUUAUUACUGUGAAUUAUGCUUAGCUACCCUUAAAGAGGAAGGGGAAACCAGUUCCUCUUAUCUAUACUGUAGCUUAAGAAUGCAUCAUGUUUAUUUCCAAUAUGCACUGUACAGUAUCUACAGUUUUCCCAAAGACUGUAUUUGCCUGGUGUGUGUUUUGGGGGGGGGGGGGGGGGGAUUGUUAUCUUGCAGUAAUCUUGAUGAAACUCAACAGCAGCGCAGAACGGCAAGGGAAUCCACUUCACAAACGUUGGCCACAUUUGCACAUGUACGUCAACCAACACCGUGGGUGUCCUGCUGCUGGGGCGGUUUUUCUUGUUCAAUGUUGUUAUCCAAUCAUUCUUGAAACUGGACUGUUGAAUUGGUAUACACUGUAGUUGUUGUAGCCCUUUGUUACCCAUGACUUCGUCAUGAAUGUGCUCUUCUAUAAGUCUAUGGGUCCCAUACCGGCCAAGGUUGGGGUCAAUUUGAAUUGAAGUCAAAUCAGAAAGUGAUUUAAAUGUCAAAUUCAUAAAUGGAAAGAUUUUUGAAAGAUACAUGGCUUCUCCCUUUCAGUUCGUUGACAAGUUAUUGAACACAGAUGCCCUGUUUUUCAAUUAUUGAAUUGGAAUUCCUGAAUUGGCUGAUUUGAACCCUAUCCCAUAUACCUUUAGUUAGUUUUUAGCUUAUUUUAGUAUCAGACUUUUACUUAAAAUAUAUUUUUGUUGUUUUGUCAUGUCAAUAUGCUUGGACUUCAUUUAAACUUGUGAUUUGGAACUAGGACUACUAUUUCACUAAGGAUUUUUUUUUUUUAAGGUGUAGGCCUUUAGAUGUCAGUCAGUCAGUGUGUGGUGCAAAGCAUUCACAAGUCUCUGCCACUGUGGAGUGAAGCUAGCUGUGGCUAGCCUAGCAGCUAACGUUAACUUGCUUGCUAAUGCUAAUUUACCAAAUAAUCAGUUCUGUUAAAUCGAUUCUAUUUAUUUGUACUGAAAUUGUAUAAUUAUUUUUCUUCUGCUACUCGUAUGUUCUGAAACACGUUUGAGUGCGUUUUCUAAUGUCUUGCCCAUGUUGACAUAAUAUGGAGAAUGCAGGGGCUGAAAGCUUGCAAGACUUAGGAGUUAGGGUGACGUUAGAGGAUACAGGAGGAAGUUAUGGGGCUUACUGAACUUUUCUACUCUAUUGCAAAAUGUGACUAAUAACCCCAAUCAAAUUUUACACAAGGGUUUUUUGAAUGCCGUACCAGUAUUUUCAUUACAAUUUAUGAUUUUGUUUUAUGAUUUCACAGCAACAUGUUUAAUGUUUCCCACAAUGUCAUUAUUUUACUUUCUUUCAAAUGGCAUAUUUUUGUAUGAUUUAAUAAAUGUGUUUGAAUCCCACCUUGAUAUUUUAAAGUU